UCCCCAUGAUGCAUUUCGCGGAGGAUAGGGCCAGUCGUCGGCUACACAUCUUCUGCUAACGACCCGGAGGGGGGUAUAGUUUUCAACUUUUUUUGUUAGAUUUACUAAACCGGCCUAUGUUUGGAUAGCGUCUAGGGAUAUUCUCACCGGCUGAACCUGUCUCCUGACCCCAGGACCCGCCGCCCCGCAGGAUGUCAUAUCCUCCUCAUCUCAACCGCCAACAAAUCGGCAUCCCGCAGCUUCCCCCCAGGAUACCCCCGCCUCAGUUUGCGGGGUUCUCCCAGACGGUCCCCCCAGGCACUCCAAUGAUUCCAGUUCACAUGGGCCUGAUGGCAGCCACACCCCCUGUGCUGCUGCCCCCCGCCGUGUCCAUGGUGCCGAAGCCGGCGGCCCCCAAGAAGGAGGCCCUGCUGCCCUUGCGGCCCCGCGAGGCGGAGGACGCGGGCAGCGGCGGCCCCACCACCACCGUGUUCGUGGGCAACAUCUCGGAGAAGGCCUCCGACAUGCUGGUCCGACAGCUGCUGGCGAAAUGUGGAAUUGUUCUUAGCUGGAAGAGAGUGCAGGGAGCUUCAGGGAAACUUCAAGCGUUCGGCUUCUGUGAGUACAAGGAGCCUGAGUCAACACUGCGUGCCCUGCGGCUGCUCCACGAGCUGUUGCUAGGCGACAAGAAGCUGCUGGUCAAGGUGGACGCCAAGACAAAGGCCCAGCUGGACGAGUGGAAGGCCAAAAAGAAGAGUGCCAAUGGGGGCACGGGGGGCGUGGCCAAGGAGGAGGAGGCGGGGCUGGAUGAGGAGAGCCAGCGGCGGGACCAGGUGGUAAAGGGGGCGAUCGAGGGGCUCCUCCGAGAGUACGCAAGCGAGCUCAACGCCCCCUCGCAGGACGGCGAGAACCACCCCCGCAACAAGAAGAGGAAGGAGAAGAAAGAGGAGGAGGACAUCAACGCCAUGGAGAUGGAGGACGACAAGAGAGACCUGAUCUCCAGGGAGAUCAGUAAAUUCCGCGACACGCACAAGAAACUGGAGGAGGAGAAGGGCAAGAAGGAGAAGGAGCGCCUGGAGCUGGAGAAGGAGAGGAGGGAGCGCGACAAGGAGCGCGAGAGGGAGAGGGAGCGGCGGGACCGGGAGAAGGAGAAGGAGAGGGAGCGCGAGAGAGACAAGGAGCGCGAGAGAGACCGCGACAGAGAGCGGGACCGGGACCGGGAACGCGAGCGGGAGCGAGAGCGAGAGAGGACCAAGGAGAGGGAGAGAGAGCGGGAGCGAGACCGGAGCCGGGACGCCAGCGAAGACCGCAGCAGGUCUAGAGAGAGGACCAGGGAGGACAAGAAGAGGGAGCGGGAGGAGGACGAGGAGGACGUGUACGAGCGCCGGCGGCUGGAGAGGAGGCUCCGGGACAAGGAGGCGGCCUACCAGGAGCGGCUGAAGAACUGGGAGAUCCGGGAGAGGAAGAAGGCCCGGGACUACAGCAAGGAGACGGAACGCGACGAGGAGCGACGCAAGGAGACGACCAAAGAGGCCAAGAGACUAAAAGAGUUUCUGGAGGACUACGAUGACGACCGGGACGACCCCAAGUACUACAGGGGCAGCGCUCUGCAGAAACGUCUUCGCGACCGGGAAAAGGAGGCGGAGCUGGACGAGCGGGACCGCAAGCGGGAGAAGGAGGAGCACGAGGAGAUCCGGCAGCGGCUCCUGGCCGAGGGGCACCCGGACCCCGACGCCGAGCUGCAGAGGGUGAGUCCUGCUGCCUCGGGAGCUCCGCAGGUGGAGCAGGUGGAGCGGGUGGAUGGUUCGAUCCCUGGCUCCUGCUGGGCGAAAGAGAUGGAGGAGGAGGCUGAGCGACGGAGGCAGCCCCCCCUGAAGUUGGAGCCCGAGGAGGAGCCCCCCCCCCAGGAGAAGAGCCACAAGGAGCGGGACCGCAACCACGACCGAGACCGCAACCACGACCGGGACCGGGAUCGGGACCGGACGGAGCGGCGGGGCUCGUCGAAGCCCGCAGAUCCGGCCCCCCGCGGGCCCACUCCUCCGGCCCACUCGGAGGAGGAGGAGGUGGAGGUGAGGGGUCUCGAGGAGGAAGAGGAGGAAGAGGAGGAGGGGGAGGAGGAGGCGGCGGAGCAGCUGCAGCAGCAGGAGGAGGAGGAGGAGGAGGAAGAGGAGCUGUACCAGUACCAGGAUGGCGAGGACUCGCAGGACGGCAAGCCGGGCUUGAAGCCCACGCUGCGGCCCGUGACCUCCGCCCCCUCGGUGUCGUCGGGCAGCGACGGCGCCGCCACGCCCAACACGCCCGGCAACGAGUCCCCGUGCGGCAUCAUCAUCCCCGGGGAGAACUCCCCGGAAACCCAGCCCACCGAGGAGCUGAGGCCCAAGAUCGGCCUCAGCCUCAAGCUGGGCGCCACCAGCAGCCCCAGCCAGCCCAACGCGGUGAAGCGGAAGAAGCUGGCCACGGUGGACAGCGUGUUCAACAAGUUUGACGAGGAGGAGGCGGAGGACGUGCCCCGCAAGCGGAAGCUGGUGCCGCUGGACUACGGCGACGACGACAAGAGCCUGGGCCUGGACGGCGCCGAGAUGCCCAGCGCCAAGGGCAACGCCAACAUGGAGGAGAAGCGCAAGCACAUCAAGAGCCUGAUCGAGAAGAUCCCCACCGCACGGCCCGAGCUCUUCACCUACCCCCUGGACUGGUCCAUGGUGGACUCGACCCUGAUGGACCGCCGCAUCAGACCGUGGAUCAACAAGAAGAUCAUCGAGUACAUCGGGGAGGAAGAGGCCACGCUCGUGGACUUUGUGUGCUCUAAGGUGAUGGCUCACAGCACGCCCCAGGGAAUACUGGACGACGUUGCCAUGGUUCUCGACGAAGAGGCGGAGGUCUUCAUCGUCAAAAUGUGGCGUCUGUUGAUUUACGAAACGGAAGCCAAAAAGAUCGGACUGGUGAAGUGAAGUCUUUCCUCUGGUGUCUCUUGAUUCCUCCUCGGCUGCCUACAAGACUGUAAACCAGGCUGCCAGGCCUCCACCUCCUCCUCCUCCACCUCCCGCUCCAUCAGCCAAGGAGCACCUCGCUGGCUGUGCGAGUGUUUUGCAGAAAGCUGCGCUUGACCUCGGAGAGGCGGGACCGAGCUCCGAGCGAAGUGCAUGAUCCCGAGUUUGGUUCGUUGGAGCCUGGUCAAGGCAACACCAGAAAUGUAUUUUAUCGUUCUUCGGAGCAUUGGACACCACAUUUAUGCUUUUAAUUUACUGUCGUCAUGUCAAGGCACUACUCUGUUGUGUGAACUAAUAAACAUCCCCUUUUUAAGAAAA